CAAAUCCUAAACAUACAUCAGUUCCCCAAAAAAUUUAGAUUUCCCUCCCAUUCUCAAUUUUACAAUUCCAUCUCCCUCGUUACCCUCCCCAAUCGAUUUCUCUGAUUCUCUCCCUCAACCUCCACUCCAUUACGAUCCCCCAUUCCCCAACUGGAUGGUAGUCUCCUCGAUCGAUUCACACCACCACACCACUGAUGAAUCGUUGCUGAGUGACCGACAAACCAACAUUGCACUACAAACGAUCCAUCGUCACUGCUCCACCUCUCGUUGAUUCAAUCGUUACUUCAGCCCUGAGCAGACGUGUGUCUUAGGAGGUAUAUCAUGUUACGAGAAUUGCAAAUGGUUUUAAUAGUGGAUACACUUGUAAAAUACAACUACAGGUUUUAGCAGGAAGAUGCUUGGCUGUGAGCGAUAAUAGCCAGUGGCACUGUUUUGCGAGCUAAGAAAAUGUGCAUGUCUAAAACAUAUGCACAGAACCGGUCCGGAAAGUUUUGCUGGGAUUUGUGACAAGAUGAACAUGAUGGCCCAAACUAGGAAUUAUCUACUUUAGUCUAAAUGUUUGAACGUAUAUGUAAAAGGAAAAAAUGGCGUGUAUAUGUUGAUACAUAUGCUGACUCGACAAGGAAAAUGGUUUUGGGUUAUUAGUGUCUUUGUAGAAGUAGGACAGGUCAAUCACUAAAUCUAUUGAAGCCUUAUACUUUCAAACAUACGUAUCAUUUUUUGUAUAAUAAUUUUUUUUGUUGAAUCAUAUUGAAGAAAAUAGGAACUACAAAUCUCCACAAGAUGGUAGCGCUCAGGGGCGGACCUAUUAAGGCCCGUGGGUGGGCGGCCGCACCCCUUGAAAAAAAAAUUUUUAGUGUUAUUUUUCGCGAAAAAUCCCGACCGCACCCCUUGGAAAAUUUCGACCGCACCCCUUGGAAAAAUCUGACCGCACCCCUUAAAAAAAUGUUAGAAAUUUAUAUAAAAAAAAAUUUGUGAACACGGAUUUAAACCCGAUCCAAUUAUGUAAACAAAUCUCUUUAAAUAAAAUUUGUAUUCCUAUAGCCCAACAUCAAGCCCAAUGGAAUAAGGUUAUGGUAAAACCCAACCCAAAUAACAAAAUCAAUUAACAAAACAUAACCCAAUUACCCAAAUAAACCCAAUCGGCGACCUUUCAUCUCUCCCGCCCUCCCCUCUCUUCUGCAGCGACCAAGACUCUCUUCUGAAGCGACCAAGAAAGAAGAAGGAUCAAGUUGAUCCGAUCAAAACAGGCUUCGAUCGACCACCAGGCACAAUGAGUAAAGAUGUUAUGGCGCGAUUUCUCAACAAGAGGAAAGCGGAUGAAAUCGGAUCAUCUUCCGAUUUUGUUGAUGUGAAUGAUCUUCCCUCGGAUCCUCAUGAUCGCAAGGCGAUAGCAUCAUACAACGUGAAUCAACGAGAUGAUGUUAGAAGGGCAUACCUACUAAGAGGACCAUGUCAACCAACGGGUAUUAAAUAUCCAACAUCAACGUUUCAAGGUAAAGAGUUGAGAAAAUUCAAAUCGGAUCGUGUGUUUUGCUUAUGUUGUUACUUGUUUAGGUCCGAAUUUGGUGAUCAUAGAGACACAUUUGUUUUGAACGGGUAUAACAAUUGGAAAAAAGUACAUGAGGUACUUACAAAACAUGUUGGGUUAGUUAAUAGUGCCCACAACAAAUGUUUCCAAAAGUGUGCCGAUUUACUUAACGAAAAGCAAGCGGUAAAUACACAAUGGGACAAAAGGACCCCUAAGGAGAAACGUGAUUACAAACUUAGAUUAAGUGCUUCUACUUUGCUUGGAAAAAGGUUGUUGAAUGGCGGUUUGGCGUUUCAUGGUCAUGAUGAGUCAAAAGAUUCAUUAAAUAAAGGAAAUUUUUUAGAGCUUUUAGAACUAAUGGGUGAAAUGAAUGAAGAGCUUGGUAAGGUUAUCUUAGAGAAUGCACCGGCGAAUAACCAAAUGACUAGUCCUAAAAUUCAAGCGGACAUUAAACAUUGUUACGCUCAAGAGUUACUUAAACAAAUUUUUGAAGAUCUUGGUGAUGAUGUUUUUUCUUUAUUAGUUGAUGAAUCAUGUGAUGUUUCAAAAAAAGAACAAAUGGCGGUUGUUAUUCGUUAUGUUGAUAAAGUUGGGAUUGUUAAGGAGCGUUUUAUUGGGCUUGUUCAUGUCAAAGAGACAAGCGCAUUAACACUUAAAUCGGCUAUUGAUGAUAUGUUGGCACGUUAUGGGUUGAGUUUGAAAAGGAUUAGAGGCCAAGGUUACGACGGGGCAAGUAACAUGUCAGGUGAGUUUAACGGCUUAAGAGCUCUUAUUUUAAAGGAAAAUGUUUCGGCUUUCUAUAUUCAUUGUUUUGCACACCAACAUCAAUUAGUUGUUGUGGCGGUGGCACACAAACACACACCUAUUUGGAGAGUAUUUGAAACGAUAACAUGUUUAACAAAUGCCGUUUGUGCAUCUUCUAAGCGACAAGACAUGCUUCGUGAAAGCCAAAGAAGACAACUGGAAAAAAUGGAAGACGUGCUUUGUACCGGAAGUGGGUUGAAUCAAGAAAUGACACUUUCAAGACCCGGAGAUACACGUUGGAAUUCCCACUAUAAAACUCUUUCGCGUUUGAUUACUUUAUAUCCAAACAUUAUGGAAGUUCUUGGAUGUAUAGUAGAAACGGGUCAAACUCUUCCUUGUAGUAGACAAGCGGACGGACUUCUAGAGGAUAUGAAAAAAUACGACUUUGUAUUUUACAUACACUUGAUGGAGCAUAUUCUAAACGUCACACACACAUUGUCCCAAUGUCUACAAAGAAAAGAACAAGAUUUGAUGAAUGCGGUUAAAUUGGUUUCUUCCACAAAAAACCAACUUGAAAAGUUUAGGUUGGAAGGAUUUAAUGAGUUCUUGGAGAAGGUUAACUCUUUUUGUGACAUGUAUGAACUUGAGGUGAAAAAUUUAGACGAUGAAUAUAUUAACCCAAGAUGGCCAAGAAGAAAAACGAACAUCUCAAAUCGGCACUAUUACGAGUAUGAUUGCUUCAAUGCGGUUCUAGAUUUGCAAAUUCAAGAAUUUGGGAACCGUUUUAACGAGGUAACAUCAGAACUACUUCUUUGUAUCAGUUGUUUGAGUCCGUGUGAUAAUUUUAGUGCGUUUGACAUUCCAAAUAUACUAAAGUUAGCCGGAAAGUAUCCAUAUGAUUUCGAUGAAGCCGAAAAACGAAGGCUUCCGGUUCAACUCGGAAACUACAUUGAUUUUGUGAAAAAAGAUAAACAAUUCGCCAACUUGGAUGGGUUGUCAAGUCUUGUAAGGUUAAUGGUUUCAACAAAUAUUCACGUAACUUUUACAUUGGUAUAUCGUUUAUUGAAGCUUGUUCUCGUAUUACCCGUCGCAACCGCAACCGUUGAAAGAUGUUUUUCGGCAAUGAAGAAUGUGAAGACCGACUUGCGUAAUCGGAUUGGCGAUGAGAAUUUAAGUGAUAGUUGUAUAUGUUAUAUAGAGAAAGACUUGCUUAAGAAAGUACCUCUAGAUGAUGUUUUGGAUAGAUUUCAAAAAAUGAAAACCCGUAGGGCGACUUUUUAAAU